AUGGAAAUUUUAAGGUUUCGGGGGUUAAUACUGGCUGUCAUGCUGUCCGCGCUGACGACAACAUUAACCUCUAUAUUCAACAGCGCCAGUAGCAUCUUUACCUUAGAUUUAUGGACCAAGAUGAGAAAACAGGCAACGGAGACAGAGAAAAUGAUUGUAGGAAGAAUAUUUAUCCUGGUGUUGGUGGUCGUCAGUAUUGCCUGGAUUCCCAUUCUCAAUGCAGUGCAGGGGGGACAGCUGUGGAACUACUUGCAGUCAAUUUACGCAUAUAUCGCUCCGCCCUGGUGUAUGGUGUACCUCCUCGGAGCGGCGUGGAACAGAACUACGGAACAAGGGGCUUUCUGGGGCCUUUUAGUCGGCACAGCUGUAGGGGUCACUAGAAUGAUACUGGACUGGUCGUAUCCUAAACAUGGCUGCGGGGAGGUGGACACCAGACCUGCCGUGCUGGCCGAGGUGCACUACCUCCAUUUCUCCAUCCUGAACACCGCAAUCUCCGCUAUCGCAAUUGUUGUGAUCAGUCUGUUGACCACUCCCCAGGAGCCUGCUCAGUUAGCAGGUACGACGUGGUUCACGCGGAACAGAAAAAGAAGCUCUGACCUCGGUUUACACACAAAAGAACCUGGCGCUGGACCGGGCACCAACUAUGAAGAACAGAAACAGACAGAAGAGAGCAGUGCAGCGCCAACUUUGAAGCAGAAAUGUUUCAGCGUAUUAUGCGGGGUACCAAGCAAAGGACGCCCCACUGGAUCUGCCGAAGAAUCCAUCCGACCAACAAAACUACCGUCUGUACAAGAAACUAUCAAAUGGCAGCGGAUUCUGAAUGUGAAUGCUGUUAUUUUAAUGGCGGUGACGGUGUUUGUUAUGGCACUCCUCUAUUAG